GUUCCUUACGUUUCGAUAUUUUAAUAACCGCCUCACGAUUUCUUAACCAAACAAAUCAUUGCGAUACACAGAGAGAGAUUAGGGUUUCGAUUUCAUCUCUUCACGAUGUCGUACUCUAAAAGGUCAAGGUAUUCCCGUUCUCCUUCUCCUUACAAGGGGCGUGGCAGGUCUGUGUCGAGGUCUCUUUCUCGGUCAAGGAGCUUAUCGAGCUGUUUUUGUUCAUCUGAUUUGCCUUACGGGAGCUCUGUAAGUGAAGUUGAAAAUCCGGGUAACAAUUUGUAUGUGACUGGAUUGUCACCUCGUAUGACAAAAAGGGAAUUGGAGAGACAUUUUGCAAGUGAGGGGAAUGUGAUUGAAGUUCAUCUUGUUGUUGAUCCAUGGACAAGAGAAUCUCGAGGGUUUGGGUUUGUUACAAUGGCCACAAUUGAAGAAGCUGAUCGGUGCAUUAAGUAUCUUAAUCGGUCUGUUCUUGAAGGAAGAGUUAUCACAGUCGAGAAGGCUAGGAGGCGGAGAGGGAGGACUCCAACACCAGGACAGUAUUUGGGCUUGAGAACCGUUCGGGUGCGCCAUCGAUCACAUAGCUGCUCUUCUCGGCGGUCUCCCAGUUACUCUCCAUACCACAGGAGUCCAUCAUAUUCGCCUGAUAGGAGUAGGAGCAGAUCUUACUCCCCCUCCCGUGGCCGGCGCAGAUCUUACUCUCCAUACCAUAGCAGACGCAGGUCUUAUUCUCGAUCUCGCUCUCCAUACAGUAGAUCACCAGAUGACCGCUACUACAGAAGGCGAGAGAGGUCAUACUCUCCUGAUGGUCGUCACUACAGAAGGCGUGACAGAUCUUACUCUCCAGAUGAUCGGUACUACCGUAGGCGUGACCGUCACUACUCACGAGAUGAUCGGUACUACAGGAGGCGGGACAGGUCCUACUCUCCAUAUGACUCAAGGUAUGAUUCUCCGGAUGACAGAUAUCACAGGAGGCACCACUCACCCUCUGUUUCCCGAAGCCCUACACCAUCAAGGUCAAGAAGGAGCUUAAAGAGGAGGAGCUAUUCUCGCAGCGUCAGCCCUUCCAGUUCAAGGAGCUACUCCCGAAGUGCUUCCCCUAAAGAAAGGAGCUCAAAGAGGAGCUAUUCAAGAAGUGUGUCUCCACCACCUGGGGAAAAGACCAAGAGUUCAACUAGACGGCGUGACAGCCGCUCUCCAAGCAGGAUUGCAAGUCGAACCUCGAGAUCAGUUUCAAGAACUGCGAGUCCAAGGUCGGAAUCACCUUCUAGAUGAAGGUGGUAAAGAUCUCUGAUGCUUUCCUUAUUAGGGAUUAUCUGGUAGAUGAUUGUAUUGGACAUCGAUGGUACUUGUGUUACUCUUAGGUUUAUAUAUAAGUUGUACUCCUGAAUGACUUGUUAAUAAGUGGUUUGCAGUAUCAUUUCUAUUUCCAUCAUUCUUAGGCUUAGUUAAUGGCUCAUCUCAUAUAUGCUUGUUUGUCUUGGAGUUGUCAGAUUUUUAAUCAGUCUUUACAAUGUGAAUUUGGUUAUAAUUGAAUUCUGGAGCACGGUCGUUGGAAUAUGUAUAAUGUAUGUGGAGGCUCAUUUCGUUUAGAAUUUUUUUUUUUAAUAUAAUUUUUAUAUAUUA